AUGAAUUUCUAUACUCUUGAAUUUGAAGAAUAAGUUGGAUAAGGUAUUUAAUGAUUUAAAGACUAGAUUUAAGAGAAUAAGAAUAAAUAUAAGUUAGUGAAGAGUAAAUGUGCGAAUAUGAUCAAAGUUCUAAACAAGAAAUUAAUUAGGAUAUUACUUUUGAUGGAUACUUGCAAGAAGAACCUGUUCUAAUAUUUAAUAUCAUUGAGGAAUCACCAAAAAAGAAGAAUAAAUCCAUCUUUAAAAAAUCCAAAAAAAUAAGAAAAUCUGAAGCAGAAACAGAUUUUAAGUGUUAAAAAAAAUCUAAAACUUUAGUAUCAGGUAAAGAUGCGGCUAAACUUCAACAAUGUAAAGUGUUAAAGACCAUCAUUUCCUAAAUGGAGUCUAUAUUAAAAUAAACUAGAACAUACCUUCUUAAUUAGUAUUAAAAAUAAAAAUGA